GCAAUCAAUCAAAGCAAUUAUGAAUUCUAGGAUUGUCAACAUUCGAAGCAAAAUUGGUUUCGGUUAUUAACAAAAUCACUUCGAAAUUGUGAAAGUUACCUAAAAAACACAAAAUGCCACCCAAGAAGCCAGGCAAGAAGAAAAAGGACGUGGACUGGUCCGCCGAUGAGAAUUUCUCCAAGGAUCGUUCCAUGAUCUACAUCGAGCACACGUACGAGUGUCCCAUUUUCCAGACCAAGGCCGACGAGUGCGGGUCAUUCUUCACGCAACGCAUACCGGAGCGCAAGUUCCAGCUGGUGAAGAAUCGAAACGGACGCCAGGUUCCGCGGGACGGAGCCUUCGAGAUAGGAUUCUCGCAAAAUGCCCGCACCUCGGAGCAUCUGCUGUGGUCCGGUUUGGACAAGGGACCGCCGCGCCGGGACAAGUUCCCAGUGGACUACGAGGCACUGGUGCCCGAUGUGAACAGGAUACUCAAGAAAUUCUAUCCCGACAAGGCGGUGGGCGUGGGCGCUGACGACGAGGACGAGGAGAAGGAGGACAUGUAAACAUUUGCCGCACUUUGUUGUCUGAAUUAUUAUAAAGUCUUUACCAUAACAAUGGCUAAUACAUGGCGUGAACAGUAAACAAUCAGCCAGAGACCUGUUGGAGCAACUUUAAGACGUCAUCCAUCCACCCACGCGGCGAUUAGUGCGAUUCUUCUUUGGCUUUUGUGUGCGGAAUAUUGCUCGUAUUGUUGAUGCCCCACGGACUGACGGACUGACGUACUGACAUCACACUUUGACAGCUCCUUUCAAAAGUUAAAUGCUUAAAUCGACCAGAAUAAUUAACCCAAUACAAUGCUGCCACAUUAGCAGCCACACGAUA